CCAAUUUAUUCAAACAAAUGAAAAGUCUUCAAAAAAAGAAAACAAAAGAAAAAGUUAAUAUUUUUUUCUAUAAAUUUAGUACAAAAUUGAAUGCCACCGGCCAAUCCCCCGGCCAAGAAGCUUCACUCGCCGGAGUAAGAAUCGGAGCAAAGCUCAAAGACGACGUUCUUUCGCCUACAAGAAUCAUCCUCCCCUUCGAUCUCUCUAGCUUCGAACUUUUGAUUUGUAAAUCCGACCUGUAGAGGUAUUUCUGUUUUCUGGGUUUUGAUUCUGAGUAUAGAUUUCAUUGAUUGCUGCAGGGGAGAAGUUAGAAAUACUUCAAGAUUUACAUUUGGUGUAUAAAUCUUUACUGUUUCAGAGCAUGUGAAGAAAGCUGGUAACCUUUGAGAUUAAAUUGGGUUUAGUUUAUUUGAUUGUUGUGAUGGAACAAGGUUUAGGAUCUGAGACUCUGGAUAAAUCCCGGGUACUGAAUGUGAAACCAUUGAGAUGUCUAGAACCAAUGUUCCCACCAGAUUUUGGUUCCUCUCAAUUCUCAUCUCCUCAAUCUGCUAAUUUUGUAUGUGCCCCUCCAACCGGUCCUUUCCCACCUGGGGUAACCUCGUUUUUUCCUUUCCUAUCUCAAAACGGGUCUCUUAAUCAAGCCACACCAUUUGAUGUAAACCACGCAGUUCAAUCACCAACUCCAAUUAGGUCAUUUAGAACACCAAUGUCACAAAAUGGGAAUGGUUAUCCAAUGAACUUUGGUGAUGAAAGUAGUUCAAAGUCGGAUAAAUCAAAGGGGAGUAGUAAAAAGAUGAAAAACUCUCAAAUUGGGGAUGGGGUUGAUGUUGAUGCAGAAGUUGAGGUGGUGGCUAAUAGUUUCUUUUCAUCGUAUGAUCUAACGAAGUUCCAUUCCUCUAGACUAGUUGAUCAAGAUAAAGAAACAGUUGAUUGUGUUCUCAUGAUGUUUGACUUACUGAGGAGAAGGAUCGCCCAACACGACGAUUCAGGAAACAAAUCAUCGUCGCUGGCAAGGAAUGCCAACCUGAAGGCUGGUGCGAUCUUACUGAAUAAAGGGAUUCGAACGUGCACGAAAAAGAGGAUUGGGUCUGUAUCUGGGAUUGAUGUCGGGGAUAUCUUCUUUUUCAGGAUGGAACUCUGUGUGGUGGGAAUGCAUGCCCCAUCAAUGUCGGGGAUCGAUUACAUGAGUAUGAAAACACAUUCAAGCGAAGAAUGUGUCGCGGUUAGCAUUGUUUCCUCCGGAGGAUACGAAGAUGUUGAUGAUGGAGAUGUCUUGAUUUACAGUGGUCAAGGCGGGAACAUGUAUAAGAAAGCCCAAGACACAAUAUCGGAUCAAAAACUCGUAAAAGGUAAUCUCGCUCUCGAGAAGAGUUUACAUCAAGGAAACGAUGUAAGAGUAAUUCGCGGUGUGAAGGAUAUCGCACACCCAACCGGGAAGGUAUAUAUCUACGAUGGUAUAUAUCGAGUCCAGGAAUCGUGGAUCGAGAAAGUAAAAGGAGGGUACAACAUUUUCAAGUAUAAAUUAGGUCGAAAACCCGGUCAGCCUCAAGCAUUUACGAUGUGGAAAUCGAUUCAGCAAUGGAAGGAAAGUAUUUCUUCAAGAACCGGGGUUAUACUACCAGAUCUCACGUCUGGAGCUGAAAAUCUGCCUGUUUGUCUUGUAAACGAGGUUGAUGAGGAAAAGAGUCCUGGGUAUUUUACUUACUCAUCCAGUCUCAAGAACCCUAAACCGAUUAAUUCUCCACAGCCUUCCACGAGCUGCAGUUGUCGAGGUGGAUGCCAGCCUGGCAAUUCUAACUGCGGUUGCAUUCAGAAAAACGGAGGUUUCCUUCCUUAUACGAGUUUGGGUGUUCUUUUAAAUUCAAACUCGUUAAUAUACGAAUGUGGUUCAUCUUGCUCAUGCCCUCUCAACUGCCGAGGAAAAAUUUCUCAGGCAGGCUUGAAAGUUCGACUAGAGGUGUUCAAGACAAAUGACAAGGGUUGGGGCUUAAGGUCUUGGGAUCCCAUUAGAGCUGGAGCUUUUAUUUGUGAAUAUGCAGGGGAAGUUGUAACCAGUAGAGAGGUUGAUAAUAACUAUAUAUUUGACACAACUCGAUCAUACAAGCCGUUUGAUGUUAUAUUGAGGAAGCAAAACGAACUUCUUAAAGUCCCGUAUCCUCUGGUUAUUAGCUCGAAAGAUGUUGGGAAUGUAGCUCGAUUUAUGAACCAUAGUUGUGAUCCUGAUGUUUACUGGCAGCUGAUUGUGCGUGAGAAUAAGAAUGAAUCGAAUCUCCAUGUGGGAUUAUUUGCGAUCAAGCACAUUCCUCCUAUGAAGGAAUUGACUUUUGAUUAUGGUGUAGUUGAAUCUGAGAAAGAAGAGAGGAAGAAGAAAUGCUUGUGCGGUUCACCAAAAUGCAGUGGCUACUAUUUUUAAUGGCUUAACCUAAAGGAGGUCAUGAUAGAAGCUGAUUUGUGGUGAAAAAACUGAAGGAGCUAAAGGGGGAAAAUGGAGUCUUUUUGUUGUUGGUGGUGUCAGAGAGUAAGAUCUUGUAUACUUUGGUACAACUGCAUCUUCUUUGCCCUCAUCUUAUUUGAUUGAUUUUCAGAUAGAUUAUACUUGCAAAAUGAUUGAGGUUUGAAUUUAUAAUAGAACUUUAAAUUAAAGCUUA